CAGAGCCUCGUGAUCCGAAGCAAAUUUUCCCCCGCAAUCACCCUGACAUCAUUGCCAAUAACUUUAUCGUCAUAAUCAAGACUAGAUCAAUUUCGUUGAAAAAAGAACAUUAUAGAUCUAGGCGUAUAUGUAAUAAAAUAUAUUACACAUUUACUCAGCCCUAUGACAUCUUGGAAUCUUAUUUAAAACAGUAACUUCCGAUCGAAUCAGGGAUUUUAUAGGAUUUUUUUUUUUUUCCUAUUUUGUGUUACUUUUUUAGAAACAGACGACAAAAACACUGCAGUUUUAUCAAUUUGUAUUUUGCAAAUCUUGUUUAAAAGCUGCUAUUCUAUCGUCUGCUUCUUUGAAAUUUUGAGUGAGCCUGUUAACAAAAUUAUUCCAGUAUUUGAGUGCCACCAAACACCAUGACAGCGGCAAACGAGACAUGCAUGCAUAACACCAGUGAUGAUUCCACGUGGAUUAUAUCUAGCGCCUUUAUCAUAUUCACCAUGCAGUCAGGUUUUGGUCUUCUUGAAAGUGGCUCUGUGUCUUCGAAGAAUGAAGUGAACAUCAUGGUUAAAAACGCAGUCGACGUGAUUGUUGGGGGUUUGUCAUUCUGGAUGUUUGGGUAUGCCCUGGUCUAUGGCGAAGACUUCGGAAUCAGCAACCCAUUCUUUGGAUGGGGAGACUUUUUCGUCUCUACCCGAUCGAAGGAUGUCGGCUGGGUUUACUCAAAGUUCUUCUUCACUUCUUCUUUUGCUACAACUGCGACAACGAUUGUAUCAGGGACUUUGAUAGGUUAUCGUAAUGUACUGAAGCCCAAAUCUGUGCGGAGACGACGCUCUUCAGUAAUAAGCAGUCAAUCUACGUCAACCAAUACGUUAGGCGUAGACAAUUAUUCGGUCGAUAACAACAAUGAUGUUCAAGAACAAUCAGAUAACAUGCCAAAUACACUGACAGCUGGAAAUAGUGCACUAGACAAGUAUUCAGUAUUUACAGUAGAAAAUGAAAUGAACCGUCAAUCAAACGACUCAGAGUUGGGGGGUAUGCCGACCAGAGUUGGUUCAGUGUUACAGACUUACACAAAUCCUUUGUUUGAGACUUAUUCCAAGAAUACUAAACUCUAG